UCAUACAAGUGGAUAAGCAAUACAAGCGGAAAGAGACCUUUGACCACAAAUUUUUCUCGACAGUGCUCUCAAAGGGAAGUAGUAAAAGAAGCAUCCCUGAAACUUGACCGGUCGGGUAAUUCUUGCCGGAUUAAUGGCAUAAAAUAAAACUCAUUUUUGCCGCUAAGGCGGAUACCAAGUGGCUAAGGAAGAGUUAAAUACCUUCGCGAUCAUUACAUCACUCAAAAGGAUACUUCCGCUAAUUUCGGACCUUCAAACUGUAUUAACAUUCAAACUUUUUAUUUGUUUAAACAGCGUUAAUUGCAAAAGAAUUUCUUAGUAUGUUAAUCAAGAAUUCAAAAUUUUACAAGCUUAGGGGCAUUGAAUUCUUCAAAUAUGAUACAAUUGUACUAAAACAUCAUGGUUAGACUAUAAAAAUAAAAUUGUUGGUGUCGAACUUUUAUCUUAAUCGAGUAGUCAUCCAAAAGAGUUUGAAGUAGAACUGAAAGUCGUGGUUAACAGAAGAAAAUGGAUUUAAGAGGUUUUUUUGCAGUGAGUAUAUCAAAAAAGGGCCAAUUUAUUUAGCCGCAUGCUACCUCAGUUCUAAGUUGGGAUUUCAUAAUUCUGGGGUCCGAGUUUUGUGAAAUUAGUUUUACGGACGGGGCCUGCAGGCAGUGCUUUAUUCAGAGCUUACAACUUAAAAAAAAGCAUUUCUCUUUUUAUAUGCAGUCGAACCUCCGAAAAUGCAAAGGUUUAGGGCGGGUCACUUAGGGUUGAUAUCAACCUUUACGGAAACGGAGGUCGUCGCUUACAAUAAUCCAAUCACUUUUUGUCGUAGAAUUUAUUGCUUGCAAUUUCUAAGGCACUUAUGCAUGUAAUUUUGUUUUGACACUUUUUAAGUUCUCAGAAUCGAACCACUUUUUGCCGUAGAAUUUAUUGCUUGCAAUUCAGUAAGUUACGUACGUGUAAUUUUGUUUUGACACACCAUAAGUUCUUCGUUGAGCGUCGUAGUACUUGGCUUACAGGAGGUUAAAUAUAAUGGGAAACAAUAAAAACAUCUAACCAAAAAGUGCUCAAAGUCGCUUACGAGAGGUUCUUACUGAUUGAGGAUUGACUGGGAUAAAAAGGUUUUCUAGGCAGGUGGUUGCUUCUUAUGGGAGGCAGUCGCUUACGAGAUCUUACGAAGGGUAGUCACACAUAGAGGUUUGACUGUAUUUUGAGUUUGAGGGUAAACUAUUUUCUAAUUUUGUUCGAUUUUUGUUUCAACUUAUCUUAUCUGCUUUCUUUGUCGCCAGACUGUUUUCCUCUUUUUGUUUACUGUGGAAGUAUACACUCGCUCACGGAGUUUUAGUUAUAUAGAUGACGACGGUUCUGGGUGCACUAAUAAUAAGGACCGUUAUAUGAGAAUUAACAUGGCCAAGUGUGAAAAUAAAAACUCUCGAAGGGAAUGCUCAGCGAUGGCGAAUGGCGACACGAGAAGCAAUCGAAACACACGUAAGUUGGCGGGUUUCUUGAUGUGUUCUACUGCUCUCAGUCACUUUCCAUCUCAAAAUUAUUUAAUAACGGAAAAAAUUUACAAGCAGAAAAAUUCAUAUUUUAUUACUAACGGACGAUCAAUUCUUGCCGAAAAGAGACGGAUUCAAGAACAGGCAAGUUGGCGAGUUUCAUCAGAAGUGAUAUCGAUUCGACUGCCGUCAGUCACUUUCCAUCUCGAAAUCGUUUUAAGAUGCAAAAAAUUUCUACAAGCCGAAAAUUUAGCCGUAUUUUAUUACCAAAGGCAAUCGCACGACUGCGGGGACCAUGUGGUUUGGCUAAUUUCUAUAUGUUAUUGGCGAUACAACGUGAUUUUCGAUACACCCCGCUCCCCACCCGCGGAAAAAUCGUUUUCACUCCCCCUAGAAAUAUUUAAUUUUGCAAUGUUAUUCUUCUUUUUACCUAAUUUUGAUUAACUGAAAAUUUGUCUCCUAUUAUUCCCUUUUCUCUCUCUGGUUUGAUCAGGAAUGUGUCACCACUUGACAGAAAAAUAAAAUGUGCGAUUUUCUAAAAGGCAUGUUAUGUUUCUGCAGAUUUUAGGUUGGUGAAAAGGGGAAAAAAGAGUUGCAUCACUUUCAACAACACUUAUUCACUUAUGGUACAAGGAAACAAAGUCAGCUUCGUGGUGAGUGAAAACACUAAAGAAACUCCCUCUGCAGGCUUACAGUUUUGAAACCGAAAAAUCCUUUUCGAAAAUAGACUGUCCGAUUAUCUUAUACCGCAACAGAUUUGAUAAGUAGGUUCAAUUUUGCCGAUGAGUGUCUUUUUAGUUAGUUAUCACAACUUCGUCGUCAAAAUGUGGCGAGAGCAAAAACGAUAGCAAAGCCCUGCCGUAGGAACGUGCGUCAGCUUACUAUAAGAUCAUUAGCAUUUUGAUUUCUCUCACGAUUCACAACUAAUCGAUGACACCACACAUGGCAAAACAAAAUGAUCUAUGAGUCUGUUAUUUGAGAAAAGUUAGAACGCGGUUUAAAGUCGUUGGCUCUCAAAAGUUGUUCACAGGUACCUUUAAGGAGAGUUCUCGGCGGGAAAAUGUAAUGCCCCGAGAAUCGCCGGGACUUUUUUCGGAAGUACUACCCUUUGCACUACCGCAAUAGAUGCAGUGAAUUUCUUGCUUUCGGAUUGGCUGUAGUGGCAUGGGAUACUUUGAGGUACUGUGUAAAUGGUUAUCGGAUGAAUGCUAUUUGUAUUUUUAGUUAUGCUCCUCUAAAUUCUGUAGAGCCUAUUCACUCAUAUGGCCUACGCCUAUGCAAAGUUAUUGGAACAAAAGGACGUUUUUACAUGAAAAGUUUCAACUCCCACGGUAAUGGUUAGGAAAACCAACAAUGCCGCCUUUCUAUUGCUUUUUAAUUUGGGACACUAAUAUGGCGGACGUAUCGUCAUGUAAAAGUGCUCUAUUUAAAACCCAAGAGGCAUUCAAUCGGAUUCGUGGGUAAAAAGUCUUGCUGGAGGAGCAUUCCUAAGAAUCCCUUUCUGAUACUUAUGUGUCUAUCGUAAUUGAUAAUAAUCGUCAGUAGUAAUAACUUCAUCAUUGAAUUGUUAAAAAUAGAAGAUAUACCGUCGAUCUUUUGCUUUUUCAGAAUGUCUCCUGCCACAGUAAAGAUAAUGUCAAUAAAGUAGUUUGGUUUAAUUAUGAAGUACAAGAUAUCAAGAGUAAGAAAGCACGUUAUCGUGUGUUUUACUACAAACAAGGUGGAAGUUUCAUGUGUCUUACUCGCGACUGUACUGGAACCUUGAAUGUAACUCGUAUUAACUCCCCAUUAAACCGAAACUGUUCCUUUUCCACUUAUAAUAAUUUAUGAUAAGUUAAUGUGACAGAAAAAAAUGGGUUUUUAUUUAUUGUAUGACAUAAUUCUUUAUCAAUUUAAGGUAAUUUCCCUAUUUUUAAAGUAUUUUUUACUUGUAACGUUAAAGUUGUAUCGCAUUCCAUAGAAAGAAAUGAACUGGAUUUUUAAAGACAUGGUGCUACCGUUAAUAUUUAUUACACUAGUCACUUAUUCUCCGCCACGGUAAUGAAUAAGCAAGUGAAAAAUGAGAGGAUCUUGACCGCUGGCCGUCUGUUUGCAGUUCCAUGGAGCCGAUAUGCAUAAUUAUACCAAUGCAGCCAACACGACAUGUUAAUAUCGAACAGUAUCGAGUGAUUGCCAAAGCUAAUAGUCAAUUAAUCAAAGGGCACGAUACUGGGGGGAAUUGGGUUAAUUUUUGCUGGGUGUGUGCCGCUGGCCUCUCAGAGCCCCUACCCCAUUAUAGUAGUUCAUUCUGUGGCCAAUUAUACAGACCCCAUCUUAGUCACUUUUGGGCAAAUAUGUAAUUUUCGCGAUCCCAACUAAUUAGUCACUUUCUGUUUUUAUGUAUUGACCCAUGUUUCAGAUUGAAUAAAGAACGCUUUACUUUUCUCCUACAGUGCAAACAUUCCGGUACGUGUGCUAACCGUAAAUAUGAAAAACUAAUGUCAUUCCCCUAAAAAUCCGAAAAUGUGCGACCGCAUCCAGCGGCACAUCCGAUCAGCCUCUUAUAAGGAAGUACCCCUGGGUACUGACUGCGUUAAGCAGUACAUAACUUCAUGGGAAACGCCUGGCGAAGACUCCCAACCUCCUGAGGACGAGGUUGAAAGAUUCCAUGUGAAAAAGGUGGUGAUGCUGGCAGGAAAAAACUAAAAUUAAACCCGAAGAAAGCCAGCCCAGUAGAAUUUAGGACAACCAUGUAACCAGUGUAGCCGUAAAUUAUAUCGCAAUAAAGAGAGCAGUUGUUAUUAAACUAUUUUCUCUCCUCUCUUCUUUUUUGCUUCGACAUCCUGUGAAGUGAUACUUGAGCAGCAAAACAGAAUUUUGGCAGUCCAUUCCCUAUAAGAAGUACCUAAUUCUGGGACUAUGUGACGAGGAAUAUCCGAGCCCUUUCAUUCUGGAGCUAAUUAUUAAGCAACAGUCAUCCGUGUCUCAGUUUGUCGGAAAUGGCGACUGUGAAGUGAAACUGAUGUCCACUGAAGGAUGUGCAUGAAUGAUAUGCUCAUUAUAAACGGGGUUUACUUACAGUAAGCUUCGUUGACGAAGAUAUGAUAAACCCGUUAAUCAUAUUAUUAAAGAGGCUUCCUGCGACCCAGACAUUAGAAUUUCAAGGUUUCGAGGGGACUGGUCGCUUACUACUUGUGAGGGCAGCCGGCUAUUUGCGAAAGCUUAAAAAUAUUUUAAACCGACCUCCACAUUUCAUCCUAGCUUUGUAUAAAUGACCCCCAUUGCUGUGGAAACUACGAAAUUCUAGCUACAAAUCUUGUCGAAGUUCAACACAUACAGUCGAACCUCCAUGAGCGACCACCUCUCGUAUUAAGCGACCACCUCUCAUAACGACCGCCAAUCCAAAACACCAAAAUGUAAGCGACCGCGACCACCUUUUGGGCCUGAAAGCUUAAUGAUUUUCUUAACCUCUUGUAAGCGACCACUUGACGCAUUCUCUGGUCUUUUUGCUCGCUGUGUGCACUGUGUUGCUUGGAAUGUACAAAGAAUUUUAGUGACAACAUGGAACUACACAUGGCGCAAUAAAUUGUCUUCCAUAAGGUAGAUAUGCCAGGACCUCUUCUCGGAUGAGGCCCCCUAUGGUUCGAUUCUUGUAAGCGACCAGCUCCCGCAAGUUUCCAUUAAGUCUUUGCAUUUUGGGUGGUCGCUUACAGGAGGUUCGACUGUAGUUUAUCUGCAGUAGUGUUUUUAAGAUCGGCGUAUACCAUUCGCGGCUGUUGAAUUUAAUUUCAAUUUUGCUACUGCCUUUGUAUUACUUUCAUGAAAUUUACUAAAAUGGCAAUCCAGGUAACGCUGCCUUAUCUGAAAAGGACCACCCAAAAUCAAUGAAGAUUUUAAAAAUAUUAAUGAUCCCAUGGACAGAAAUCACGGACAUUUGAGCCCGCGCUGUGGCAUGCGGCUUUCUUCUUAACAACAGAGAAUUUAAUAUGGCGGCCAAAAAGCGUGCUUUCCUCUUAGAUUACGCACAGAUUCAUAAUAUUUCACGUCGAUCCAACAGAAAAUCCAAAAGAAGGAAGCUGUACGAGGCAGAGAGAAUAAUCGAGUGGCGGAAAACCAAACAUGUGAGUCGAUUUUUCAUGUCAAUCCUGAAAGUUGAUCCAUUUGUGUAG